AUGGCGGCCAUUCGCCGCAGCUCGCCGUCUCCGCCGCCAAAGUCCACGCCCCUGUCUGAUGGACUGAACGCGGUGAUCCCGUCGCUGCGGCCGCAAGCCAUCACCAUCCAAGCGGCGCCAGCCCGCCCCAGCGGAGCGCUGCCACAGCGGCCCGAGGGAGCAGGCCCCGCUGCUGGGGCUGCCCCACCCAGUGAGGCAGGGUCUAUCUCGCCAGGUGCAGACCUGCUGCUGGACAUGCUGCCGGCUGCGCCCAAGCCAGACGCUGCGGCAGCGUCGGCGCCCAGCGCCGACCAGGAUGCCGCGCCUCACCCCAGGCAGCCGCUGCCUGCACCCGCGCGUGCUUCCAAGGAGCCUGCACCUGGUUCGUGCCUGCAGGCGCCACGUGCCGAGUCGCCGCCCCCCAGCCCGCACUACAAGGCGCCCUCUCGCACCAGCCUGAAGCCGCCGCCGCCCGGCAACCUGGCCCAGGCGAUGAAGGGGCUGGCUGGCGUGAGCCCGGUGGACCCCAUUGCCGACCUGCAUGUCAUUAGGGCCGCUGCGCUGACGGAGGUGGUGCCGCUGCUGCUGCGCGCCAUGCGGGCGCCGCGGCUCAGCACUGCGCGUGCCUCCAUCCUCACCUUCAAAGACCUCUUUGGCGACGCAAUGUGCAACCAUGUGGCCGACGACAGCUCCCCCACCAGCAGCAGCCUGCUGGCUCUGAUGCAGAAGGCCACGGGCGGGGACCUGAACAGCAAGCGCAUCGCUGGGGACGCCAACGACUGCCUCAUUGCCAUGGUGGAGAGCGUGUCGCCCGCCGCCUGCCUCUCCAUGCUCACAAACUACUGCGUAGCGCCCAAGACGCAUGCCUGCAUCCGCUCCAAGGCUGGAGCGGUGGUGGUGGCGGCCGCGUACCGGCUGGCGAUGACAGAUGUCAAGGCAUUUGACGAGGACACCAUGGUGCGCUGCCUGAGGCUGUGCGAGCCCCUGCUGGCGGGCGGGGCCGCCUGCCGCCAGGCGGCCAAGAAGCUGGCAGUGGUGGUGUUCAGCGCCUUCGACCAGGGGCAGCACCCGCCUAGCAAGGAGGGCGAGGAUGCCUGGAGCAACUUCCUGCGGAUGCGGCUGGAGCCGGAGCUGGCGGCAGCCAUUGCGGAAGUCGUUGCGCAGCAUGGUGCGGCCUGCAAGGAGCUGGCGGGCUGCGCCGAGCUGGAUGGGUUUGCACUGGGGCAUCCGGUGAAGGAGGUUGUCACCAAGCUGCUGCUGGCGGCAGAGUAG